AUGGCGGUGGUGGAAGGCGACGGUGGUGGUGUGAAGGAAUCGAGGGUUUUGGUCACGCGAGACCUGCUGGGUGGGUGUGGUUGUGCUCUUGAAUCCAAGGAAUUGGACCUCGACUUGCAAGUCCCAGUUGGCUGGGAAAAGCGUCUAGACUUGAAGUCUGGAAAAGUAUAUCUUCAGAAAUGCAACUCCACAAGUACAUCUUCUUCAUCAUCAGACCAUAAGCGUUUAACCGAUGAAACAGUUCCAAAGCUUCAAGAUCUAAACUCUCCUCCAUCACUAAAACGACCAUUAAACCUCUUUGACAACAGUGGUUUAUACCUAAAGCUUGUUCCAUCGUUGACAUCUUCAUCUACCUACAGAAGUGUAUGCACUCUAGACAAAGUAAAAUCAGCACUUGAGAGAGCAGAGAAUGAAACUAUCAAGAAAAGAUCAUUAUCAAUGUCAAAAUCAUCAUCGUUGUCUUCGAAUUCUUCAUCGUCAUCAAUCAGAGAAAUCGAAAUGGAUCACGAGGAGAAAUCAUCCUCAUCAUUUGCAGCAGGCUGCCCCAGUUGCCUUCUUUAUGUGCUGAUAUCCAAAAGCAACCCUAAAUGCCCUCGAUGCAAUGUGAUUGUUCCCUCUCCAGUUGCUAUGAAGAAACCUCGGAUUCAUCUUAACAUAUCCAUAUAAGAUGUUGAGGAGAUUUAUUUAUGGCUAAAUUACUUGAUUUUUUAUUUUUGUGAAUAAUAGAAGAUAGUUUGUAAGUUGACAUCCAGUAGAACUAAUACUGAUAUUUAUUGUUUAUAAAUAUUGAAUUACUCUUAA